AUGGAACAAAUUACAGAAGAACAAAAACAAGCUAUUUCUAAAAAGAACAUCUUCAUAUUUGAACUCAUAGGCACAUUCUUUUUAGUGUAUAUAAGUGUAUGCAGUCAGAAUGAAGCAUAUCAAGUAGCAUUGGGAUUAUUUGGAUGCAUGCUUGUAUUUGGUAGAUUGAGUGGAGGCCAUUUCAAUCCAGCAAUAACAUUGGCUAUGGCAUUGGGUGGAGGAAUUCCAUAUGGCACAAUGUUCUUCUAUUUCCUUCCUUAAUUUUUGGGAGCAUUUUGUGGGGCUGCAUUAUCAUUUUUGUUAUUGAAUAUGGACAAGGCUCCAUAUAUAGAAGAUGAACCUAUAAAGGAAUUGGCUGCAUCAUUAUUUGGAGAAAUGAUUGGAUCAACAAUCUUUUUGAUUUUUACUCUAAUUUGCUUUGUUAAAGAGACUUAAUUAUCUGAAAAUAGAAUAGCCACAUUAGUCAUGCUAUCAUGUAUAUACUAUGCUUGUCGAGAAUACACAAUUACAUCGAGUAAUAGUCUUCUUAAUCCAGCUGCUGCUCUGAGUUUGACCUUGUUUGACUGUUUAGCUAAGAGUUGGGAUUAGAUGAUCAAUAUGUGGAUUUAUGUCGGAGGACCAAUUGGUGCUGCAAUUCUGGCAACAAUGUUUUAUUCACAAUUAUACCACUCAGUUACACAUAGAAAAUGAAUUUAUAUAAUAUUAUUCAUGAACUAAGAUGAUUUCGAGGUA